AUGAGUACAUUGAGCUGGAACUGCCGUGGCUUGGGUAAUCCACGGACAGUUCGGGAGAUUGAGGACAUAGUGUCUCGCAAGAAACUCGAUUUUGUAUUUCUGAUGGAGACCAAGGUUAACCGGGAUCAUGCUGAGCGACUCCGGAUUAAACUUGGAUUUGAUGGUUUGUUUAAUGUUGAUAAUUCUGGAUUGAGUGGGGGUUUAGCAUUAUUGUGGAGGACGAAUAAUACGGCGAGGUUGUUGAGUUAUUCUGAUAAUUAUGUAGACGUGGAGGUGAGUAUGCCCGGAUUUGAAAAGUGGAGGAUGACAGGUUUCUACUGCUUUUCAAAGCGUCCGCAGAGAAGGGAAUCGUGGGACCUUAUUCGUACACUGGCAAAUAAAUCUGACCUACCGUGGGUUAUGUUAGGAGAUUUUAAUGAUCUCUUGUUUCAAUAUGAGAAACGGGGAGGUAAUCCGCAUCCUGAUGCUUUAUUGCGAGGGUUUGGUGAGACUAUCGAGGAAUGUGGAUUGGCGCAGAUGCCCAUGACAGGAUAUCCGUUUACUUGGCAGAAGGGGAAGGGUACACCAAACUGGAUAGAGGAGCGAUUGGAUAAGGUUCUGACCACGCAGGGAUGGAGGGAUCUUGUACCUGAUGCUAGUGUGCUUAAUAUAUUGACCCGGAAAUCGGAUCAUUCUGCUCUUUUCCUUGGGAUUCUCAAUCUUCGGGAAAGGAGAGGUGGUCUAGGAAGGGGUUUUAGAUUUGAGAUGGCAUGGUUACAUGAUGAAGGAUGUAGGGGUGUGGUAGAAAAGGCCUGGGAGGACGGAAGGAGUAGGGGGCUGCAGGAAUGUGUCACGUUUUGA